AUGUCGCACGGCGCUUUCUUCUCAACAGCUUUUCUUCUUCUCACAUAUCUUAAUUAUUGUCAUGCCGAGGUUUGUCGAUUCGAACAUUUAUAUUUUUUGAAAAUAUUAGAUGUGAUAAGAGCUUGGAAGUUUAUCGAGAACAAAAGGUUCGUUUUGCAGUUUUGAUAUGCCAGUUUUAGGAUUUUUUUUUUGCAAAGAAGAAUGAAAUGUGCAAAGAGUAGUUCAAUACAUUUAUUUCGAACAUCGGAGAGUUAAAUGGCGUUCUGCUAAGAAAAUAUCUAGAAGCCCUGUCCUGUCACUACUUUUCUAUUUUUUGUUUCAUGUGUAUCGAACUUUCUGAACGGCUUGUAUUUUUGUACCUUUCUCAGAUGUUUCCUUUUUUUGAUUUAUUACCAAACUUCUACAUUUUUGAGUUUUUUUGGAAACCCCAGAAGCUCUAGGUACUCUUUUUUUCAUUGAACGUUAUAAAAGCUCCCAGAAACAUGCCUGCAAAACUGCAGACAAAUCUGAAAACAGCAAAAAUUUUUUAGAAAUUCUGGACACGUAAACGUCGGGGAACUCAUUGAAGAUGAUUUUUGUUGCCUGAGAGUAUAGUUGGCGGCCCGAGCAACCAGUCGAACGGCACGCGUGUUGUGUUUUGCUGAGUGCCACUCGACAUUGUCGAUUUCUAUGAUUUUGUAUGCUCCUGCGUACUCUGGAACCGGACAUAAAGAAUAGCUCUCACGUAUUUUGAAUGACUGCUUACGUGAAGUCUUCGAAGUCACGAUUUUUAAAGGAUGUUGUCUUAUUUUGCAGAUUUUUUAUCAUUCGUUUCUCCGUACGAAGAUCACCUUAAAAAUGAAUCACAAAAAAAAUUUAAUUUUUAUUACUUAGCGAAUCUAAUGAAUUUGGUACCGUUUGAGGUUUCUUACCGACAAGGCGUUUGAUACUUCCAAAAACAAAAAAUUAGGAUUUUUGUGGAGAUAAUGCUGCGGAAGAUUCAAUAUUUGCAUCAAUAUUUCCAUCAAUGCAUACAUAUAUUUUGUUAAGUGAGAAACAUGAAGGGGAAAGAAAACUGAUGUUUUAUGGGGGUCUGAGCUACCUUGACCUGUUUCGAAUUUUCAGCUUUCAGCUCCUUCAUUCACUCAGUUCUGAGAAGUAAAGUCUUGAACUUAAAUUAUACAUGUUCUCCGCAUCAAGCAAAAUUUUUUUACCUUUCGUUUGCAGAUCUUGUUGGCAAACUCGACGGCGUUGACCAGAGUCUCCGACGUGGGACACAUUCGAGCGAAGCGCCAAUGGGGAGGCUUCGGAUGCUGCAUUCAACAGUGCUGUCAGAUGCCAAUGCCGAUGCCAGUACCAGCUCCAGUCCCAGUACCUGUACCGGCGCCGGUUCCCGUACCAGCUCCUGUUCCGGUUCAGGUUCCAAUUCACGUGCCGAUGCCUGUGGUAUUUGAACUUUCGUUGCCGCUUCUAUGACUGUAUUUAUUUAGCCCGUGCCCAUGCCGAUGAUGUCGUCUUGUUGUAGCUGUUGCAUGCCAGUCUGCGUUCCGAUGUGCAUGAGAGGGUGAGUUUUUUGAAGCGGAAGAAAAAAAGAAGAUUUAAAGAUAAUUUACUAAAUUUUCAGUGGUUGCGGAGGAGGGGGAUUCAUUGGAGGUGGCGGUUACAUCGGUGGCGGCGGAUACAUGGGUGGUGGCUGUGGUGGAUUCGGAGGAAUGUACGGCAGGAAAAAGAGAGAAACCAUUAUCCGAAGAAACGUCCCGGCUUUAAGGCUCACUUAUUUUUUUGAUAAUUUCAGCAAUUUAUAACUAUUAAUUUAUUGAAAUGAUGUUCUCGAAUAAAUUUUUUUAAUAUUUUUUUGUAUUGAAGCAAAAAAACAUUUUUGAAAGAAAAAAAGACCUUCGCAAUAAAAAAAGCUUUGCGUGAAGAAAAAAAUGGCAGAAAAAGGUUUUUCGCGGCUUUAAUUAAAAAUUUUUCCUUGAAAUUGCAUGAAACUCCUAAAAACAAACCUAAGAAAAAGUUGUUAUGGCGAGGCUCUCAAAAAUUCCCAUUUUAUAGAAGAAAUCAGGUGAACUUAUUUUGCAACGGAGCGACUGGAUUAAAAAAAUUUAAAAACUUUGAAAAACUUUGUUUCAUCCAGUUUGAUUGAAUAUUUUGGAAUUACGGUGUACUCAAAACUUUUGUUUCAAACAGAUGAUUCUCUCGAAAUCAACCUAAUCAGUUUUCAAAAAGAGAAUUUCAACAAGAAAAACAGCGAAUGUCAAAAAUUCAAUGAGCCAGCUAGACACGAUAUGACGAAGAAAGAUUUUUGGGCUUUUAGUGGAUAGUCCCGAUUUCUGAUUGGCUUCCAUGAUUCCGGUCAAUUCAUGCACUUUUUAUCGAUAUUAUUGGUGAGCUUGCCGGUUCCGCGUCCAGCAGCCGGACUCCAAAUCGGCGAGCGGCGCCAAUUUCUGCCCCGCUUAUUGUUGUUUGAUUCGCGUUUCUCCUCAAAAGUGGCCACAAUGGGAGUGUCAAUCUCUGUAAAUAUAUGGGUACAAAUAGCGGAGAACCGUCCACAUCGCAUCCAGAUAUUCCCGCAGGUUCGGGCUCAUUCUCACUUUUGCUCUUGCUUUGAUCAAGCCGUCUGUUUCAUAUUUUUGAUUUUUGUCGGCUUUCACACCGACGGCAUUUUCCUAGAUCAUAUUGCAAUGCUUCGUACUAUCGCUACAGUUUUUCUGAUUUCUCAACUUGUUGGCGCUAGUGAGGUAAGUCUGCUUCAUGUUCUCUCAAACUCUAGCUGAUUUUUCUGAAUGUUGGAUCUUUUUUUUGAGCAAUGAGACUUUAGCUUCUUUUUUCAAUCAGUUCAGAUAUUUGGUUACAGCCCGUCGCUGCUAGAAGUUUUCUGUCGACGAAGCAUUCGGACAGCUUAUCAGCUCUGGGAAUAAGCAACAGCUCCAGAAUAGCUCGGAUACGCUCGAAAAGACAAUGCUGCGCAAUGUGCCCCAUGGGCAAUUGUGGCUGCGGCGGAUGUCCUGUUCCGGUAAUGUUAUCUUACCACACACUUCCGCUUGACUCCCACCAGAAAUAGACGUUCAAGCUUAGCUUUUUCCUUGCUCUCAAAAAGCACUUUUUUGUUUAUACUCCUUUAAAGAUUUCUCAUCAGAAGAUAUAAUUCAACAACAUUUUGGAAAAAAAGCGCGCUGACUUCUUGAAUAUUAAAAAAAAUGCAGGUCCUCACUUGUCCUGAUGAAUGCCAACCGAUGUGCACCCAAUCCUGUGUUAUGGGAAUCAAAGUACAGGUAGGUAUCUUUCAAACAAUGGUAUUAAUGCUGAUUCUGUGGUUGGCGAAAUUCUGAAGAUCAACCAAAAUAAUUUUUGAUAACCUGGCUCCGUAAUCUGAAUGUUUUGGUUUAUAAAGCUUUCAGAACUUUUGUGAAAAUUUUUAAACGAAAAAACUUUCGGCACAGAAAACCGUACUAUUUGAAGGCAAUUCUCGCCAGAAACAUUUUUCAAAAAAAAUUUUUGGAGUCGGAAAUCAUCUGAAGAUUUCGAUUGAAAUAAUCUCGAAUUUUGACAUUUUCAUCUUUUAAUUAGAAGUUUUACUGUUUGGCUCUAUCAGACUUAUAUCAAAGUUUUUACCGCAUUUUCCAGAAGCUAUCAAUGACAGAAUAAAAGCAGUUUUUUUGUAAAUGAUGAAAAGUUAUUCGGCUUGUUUUCUAUAAUCUUUCUCACCAGCACAUGCACUUUCCAGACUACAACUUGCGUGCAGCAAUGUAUGCCAUCAUGUGAAACAGCUUGCAUCAAUCUAGUGAACUCGGUAAGACACAGAGCUUUUCUACAUUUUGACACCUAUUUUUGUUGAAUCUUAUUAACCUUAAACCUUCGACAACUCCAUCAAUUUGUGAUAAUCAGAUGUUUGCCGAAGAAGGAUAAAACAUAACUUUUUUCAAAAUGACUUUUCUGGUAGUGGUUAACUAGCUAUGAUUACCUUCACAGGCACCACUACCCACCUGUGCACCGCAAUGCAUGCCGGCUUGCGAAUCUAGCUGCGUCCAGGGGGUUUGCUAAAAUUUCAUAAAUUUUAAAGCUAAAUAAAUUGAAGAUUGCACCGGCUAUGUGCGCCCAACAGUGUAUGCCGUUGUGUCUUCCAGCUUGCGUCAAUGCCAUUCAAGUAAGUUGAUAAAGAAGGAGAAAACUGUAGUGUGAACUACCUAAACAGAAAAAAAAUUGAGCGAUGAGUAAUGUUUCUCCUUUAUUUCUUGGGAUACUCUGGAGCUUAGCUCGACCAAGCAUUUUUUUUGAAGAAAAGCGAAUCAAAACCUUAUUGUAAAAAAGUCAUAAUUACAGGUGACCCCAACCUGCGCCCCACAAUGUAUGCCAUCAUGCCAGUCAACCUGUGUUCAGGUAUUUUCCGCCAUUUGUUUAAAAAAAAAACUUUUUCAGGCUGUCAACCCUGGAUGUCCGCAACAGUGUCAACCCAUUUGCGCUCCUCAAUGCAUUCAAGCUCUUCAGGUAAGAACAUUUUUCUGAUAACUCUACAAUUGAAACUUAGGUCUCUGUAAAACCAACAUGCGUCCAAGCUUGCAUGCCGAACUGUCAGUCCGCUUGUGUCCAAGGAUAUGAGGUCGUUAAAAAAAUUUAAAAAAUAGAAAGCAGUUAUUUAGGUCAAUGUCAGGCCAAUGGUUAUUGAGCAACAAUGUCAGCAGGUCUGCAUGCCUAGCUGUAAUCCAUCCUGCAUUCAAGCCGUCACCUGCAGUACCUGCACUAACAAUUGUCCCUCAAUCUGCACGUCAGUAUUUCGAACUUUCUAAGAUUAGCUACCGACUCGUUCGUUAAUUCCAGACAAGCUUCUUGUAUCAACGCUUGUAUGCCAAGAUGUCUUCCAUCGUGUAUUCAGCAAGUUACCGUCACGGUGAGUAUAAAACUGAAAUAUGUAUUUUUGGAUUACUAAUCGUAAUUCCGUUCGAAAACCGUGAUUUUUGAAAUUGUCUGUUCAGAUAGAUUAUUUCAAAUGUACAGAAAUAAAUUGACAGACUCCUGUGAGAUCAACCUGCGACUCAGCUUGUAUGCCUUCUUGCUCCGCAAGUUGUGUCCAGCAAAUCGCCACUUGCCCACAACAUUGCCGUCCGAUGUGCACCAAUGCCUGCGUCACACAGGUGAUCCAAAACACCUUUAUGAAUCGCGUUUGAAAAUUGAACGCUUCGUGCUUUCAGUACUGUAAAAAAGAAGAAUGCCAUCUUGACAGACUGAGGCACAUUCAAGAAAGUAAAUGCAUCAGUGUAGGCAAGAAUCAAACAAUUUGCAAGGUACGGCUUGCCGUGCGACCUCACUAAUCCAAAAAAUAACCAGAAGCCUUAUGCAUAAAAGUUCGUGGUCUGUGGAUAUGCGACAAAAAUUAAUGUCGGGAAACUGUGAUAAUUCAACUUUUCUCAAAAACGGUUGUUCAGAUGUCUAGUAAAGACCAAAAAGACGAAUAUAGCAACUGCCAGAAAGCUUCAAGGGAAUUUUUCAAAGUCGCGACAGUCAGUUCUGAAUUCUGAAGUCCCAAUCAUAUUCCGUGCGUUGAGAUUAACCUUUCAAACUUACAUCUUUUACGUGUUAGUUUUAUGGUUAUUAAGAUGGAUCCAAAUUUGCAAGGCUACUGUCACCGUCACAAGUUUGAGGUUCAUUUUUUUUUCUGUAAGCUUUUGUAAUCGAAAGAAAAUAAACUUAGGGCAUUAAAGCACAAGCGAAAACGUCUAUUAGGAAUGAUUAGAAUGUUUUUAAACAAACUGUUUUGUGAAGAUUUUUGAAGCUCGCCUGUAAAAAUUUUGUCUCAUUACCCUGAACCGUGAAUUUUCAUGCAUCUGGUUUGCGACUGAAGAGAAAAACCCAAUAAACCAAAUGAAAUUCCUUGUCCAACUCCUUGUUUUUCCCAGGUUGUUCGAGCUCCAUCAACUUGCGUCGCUUCCUGCAUGCCAUCCUGCACUCCAAGCUGUCUCCAGUCCGUCUGUCCGCAGCAAUGUCUUCCAGGCUGCUCUCCAUCCUGCGCUCAGCAGUUUGUUAAUUUGAAUCAAAAUUCGUCAAAUCGAGUCUUCCAAUUCGCAUAAAAACUUCAGAUACGCCGUCCAAAUGGCUCCGAUGCCUUGCGCUCCUGAAUGUAUGCCUACUUGUGAAAAUUCCUGCAUCGCUAAGGUAUUUCCAUAGGAAUCAAAACACCGAAAGUAAUCAAAGAUGUCGUAUGAGUUUUAUGUUUGAGCCUGAGUUUCAGGAUUUUCACCUAAAAAAAUCAGAGAAAAAUUAGAUUCUCCUAAAAAAAAAUCUUGUAACUUCUAUUGUCUUUUUUUGGUUGAAAAAAAAAUCCAGAUUUCACAGUGAAUAAAAGUCUGAAAUCUGAGGCUCUGAGCUUCUGAGGCAAUCUGGGGAAAUCGGCAUUGAAAAUCCGUUCUUUUUCAGUUGUCUUGCGCGGCGCAGUGCAUGCCAGCCUGUAGUCCGAACUGCCUGGCCGCCUAUCCAUCGAUGGCUCCGGUCCCCGGAAUCGCCUGCGCGGCGGCGUGUAUGCCCUCGUGCCAGCCUACUUGUGUUCAGCAACGUGGGUGAUUCAGAAUGCGACCUUUCUUCUCCAAUUUUUUCCCCACAACGACGAAUUGUGUCCCUUUGUGAAGUUUUUUUGGUUUUCAAGUGCCCAACAUGUCCUGAUUCAUAGCUUGCAAUCGACAGUAUCCUGGCAUGAUGUACGAGUUAUCUUUUAUACCCUAAUGAGAAGCUUUAACAAAAUUAUUUUUGAGAAUUUUUAUAUGGAUGUGUGUUCUAUUUUUCAAAAAACUUCUUUGUAAAAGCAUGUCUCGACUUUUUUGUCGAUUUUCAAAGGAAUAACUUCUUCUUUUAUCGUGUUACCUGAGCCUUUGAUUCUCUCACGCAUGAUUGGUUUCAAUUUCUUAAUAAAUAUUUGAACUUUUUUCUUACAAUGAAUGGAGUUUUCAAUGCUCACAAGGGUGAAAGUUCAGACGCGGAAGUUGUGGUCAGCUGCAGCAAUCCUUGUGUUUGUCUACCUGGAUAUGUACAGUGUUCGCAGAAUCUUUGCUGCCUCAAGUGAGUAACGUUUGAAAACAAGGAUGACUAGUAAGUCGAAAUGAAAACAGUAGCCUGAGGAAAACUGAAUCACAGCGUUCUACCAGUUUGCAAAGAAAAUAGAGUUGACUCGAACGAUCAUAAUUCUAUUUCAUUCAGUAGGGUGACACAGUGACUUUUCUUGCUUAUAGCUUCUAUUUUUUAUGCUGUUUAAAAGCAAAGGAUUCAUUAAGGGUUUUUCAGAAGUCUAACGAUAAUGUUUCCAGAAUAUCUAUGAAGCAUGAAAUAAGAGAUAAAUAUGAUAGGAUUCGAUAGAUAAAUAAACUUUUUCAGAUAUAAAAACAUGGCGGCCAAAUUCCGAAAAAUGACGAGUGCGGCCAAUUCUGAUCCGACCUCUUUCCAAAUGCGCGACUCUUCUACAAACAGCACAAACAUGGUUUUCCUGUAUUCAGUCUCUCGUGAACGGUUUUUUUUUUACAGGAGGACCCAUUGAAAGACGAGGAAAUCGACUUUUCAUCGAUGCAAGAGCACUCGACAGACGCUCCGGGACAGUAA